UCCUAAUCUCCCAUAGUAACUGUUCAGGUUCCUUGCUCUCAAUGGAUAAAGGCUCCUGCACUAGUCUUAUCUCUCACAUUCUCAGCUGACACUAAUGGCUGCUUCCAUGCUCUUCAUUCCCUGCUUCCUCUCCGGAAACGUCAUCAAAGCCCUAGAAUUUUCGCUCCCCAAACUCUUUAUCUGCAAAUGCGCACCUAAAUUCGCUAUCAACAAUGCGCUCUCGUUGCCGAAGCGCCAUCUUCUGCCCACAGGAGUCGCUCUCUCUAAGAGAUUCGGCCGUGUUUGCUGCAGAAGUCUCUCAUCGGGCAUUGUUGACACAAUAAGUUACGAGUUCUCUGAUAGUGCUACAGAGGUAGAAUUGAGAUUAAAGCUAGGGUCUGGAGAUAUUCAAAGUUCUAGAGAUAUUUCCGUGGAUGCUGAUGAGAGUUCCUUAACAAUAAGAAAGCACUGCACUGAGUCUCCCAUAACUCUUAUAGAAACUAAUAAUCUGUAUGGGAGGAUAAAGCCUGCUGAAACUAUAUGGUACUUAGAUGAGGAUCAACUUGUAGUCAAUUUGAAAAAGCAAGAUCCAGACUUGAAGUGGCCAGACAUCAUGGAGUCCUGGGAGUCGCUUACAGUAGGAGUUGCACAACUUCUUAAAGGAACUUCAAUCUACAUUGUUGGGGAGUCGACAGAAAUUAACCAGAAAAUUGCUCAGAAACUUGCAGUUGGCCUUGGGUAUACUCCACUUAAUACAGGUGAAUUGCUGGAAGAAUUUUCAAAACAAGAUGUUGAUUCAUGGGUGAAGUCCGAAGGGGUGGAUUCUGUAGCAGAAUUGGAAGCAGCCAUAUUAGAAAGCCUCAGUAGUCACGUCCGUGCUGUUGUUGCAACAUUAGGAGGGAGGCAUGGAGCUGCUGGAAGGGCUGAUAAGUGGAGGCAUCUUUAUGCAGGGUUUACAGUGUGGUUGUCAAAAUCUAAAGCUUCAGGGGAGAGAAGAGAGGAGAAGAGUUUGGGAAUGAUUUGAAUGGGAGAAAAGCUGUUCUUCCCUCCCAGUCGAUUACUAUAAAUAGGAUUGCAUUAGAUUAUAAAUAUAAAAAUGUCUAAUAUGCUCCUAUUAAGUUGGGGGCAGAUCUAUAGAAAGAUAAAACAGAACAAACUGACAUGAACACCCAUUUACAUGUCACUUAACUUCCCCUCAAGCUGGAGAAUAUAUCUCAACUUGUUAUAUAUGUAUUCCACCCUCAUCCAACUUAAAUUCUUAGACUAAGUUUGUUUGCAGUGUGGAUUUCAUUUGCACUGGUGUUAAUGCAUGGGAGUAUAAAAGGGUUGAGUGUAAAUUUUGCUUUAAAUUUUUUUCAGAUUUGCCUUUUGUCUUAUUUGUUUUUGAGAAGCAAAAUGAAGUUGUCUCUACUUUAUAUGAAAGAGAACGGAAGUAGGAGGAGGUUUAUUUGUUUUGGAGAGAGGUAUGAUGCAAGAUGAUGUGGUCCCCACUUUAUAUGAGAGAGAAUUGACAUAGGAGGAGAAGAAAGUAAAAAUUUUUUAUCAGGUAGGAGUGCAAAUCAUAGUUACAGACAAACGGAUGCAGAACUGAACUAGGUGCAAAAUUCAUAUCUGGUUCAGAAUUGUACUGCAAAAAAACAGCCUUAGUAAACAAAUAUUUCCACUGAUUUUCAAAUUUCACAUGAACACUACAUAUAAUUCCUUCAAGGGCUUUCUCUGUUACAAAGUGGUAAUCAAUUUCUCUUGUGCUUGGUUCUCUCAUGGAGAAUUUAACUGGAAGCUAUAUGGACAGCAGCUCGGUGAUCAUAAUAUAACUUCAUAAGAGUAGUCAGUGUAUCCAAUUUCUUGAAGAAGAUGCUUCAACUAAACCAACUCACACAUGGUGUGAGCCAUAGGCCAUAGUUCCAUAUUCAGUCUUGACACUUUUUCUUGCAACAACCAUAUAUCUUAUACUUUCACAUAACUAAAUUUCCACCUAGCAAGGUGCAAUGACAAGAUGUAGGCCUUCUGUUAGAGAUGGAGCCAGCCCAAUCAGCAUCUAUAUAUCUGUCUACUUCCAAUUUGUCACCUUCCCUAUGUAACAAUUCAUGUCCCAGAGAUCCUUUUAAAUAGCAUACAAUUUUCAUCAGUGCAUCCUAGUGUGGAACCAAGGGUUCUGUAUAAAUUGUCUUACGACACUUCAUAAAACACUCCAGUGGGUGGAGAUUCAAAUUCCCAAAAAAUGCAUGUAUUGGAAACCUAUGAACACCCAAAAUUAGAAUUCAAGUUUCUAUAAUUCUAAGGCACAAUUAGGUUUUAUUAAGAGGAGCAAAAUAUGUACAAGUACAAUAACACUCCUCUUGGGCUGAAGAAAGAAAACAAUAUCAUACCCUAGAUGUACACUACUAUGAUACUCUUUUAAGUAUGGAGCAAUGUUUUAAAGCGCGGAGGCGUGACACAAGGUGUUCCACUACCUAGAGGCGUGAGGCGUAGUUCAGAACGCAAGAGGCGUAAGCCUCCCGAACACAAGGAGCCGUAAGCCUUCUUAAGAGGAGGGCGUUAGGAGGAGGAUGAAGAGGAGGGGGGAUCUCAUUU